AUCCUUUAGGCGGAAGUAGACGCAGGGAUUUUUUUUGGAAGUUCGUUGACUUGCGCACUAGCUCGCAGGGUGUAGUCGGAUAUAGUUCCUUUUCUCCCAAACUUUUUUCCUCAUGGCGGUGCUUACAAAGCCCAAAUAAACUGGACGUUUGCUCGAGAGAAGUUGAGACGGUCGCUUUCUCGGAGGUGAAGCGGUCGCCACUGUUUCCCGCAUGGUUUUACUUAUAAAUCCGCACACAAGGUAGCUGGGCGAGUUACCGCAAAGUUUGCAAGGUUGCAAGGAUUCAAGACAGCAAAGGUAUUAAAAGUCGCGUAAACAGACGGACACAAUGUCGCGCUCGGUACUUUUCCACUUUUUAUUAUUGACUUUUUGGGCAGCGGUCACUCACUCGGCCAUGGAUGAAUGUGUAGAUGGUGAUAAUGUGCCUCAGCGCUGCAUGCCGGAGUUUGUUAACGCGGCUUUCAACAUGACCGUAGUGUCCACCAACACUUGCGGCUCUCCGCCGGAAGAGUACUGCGUACAGACCGGGGUGACGGGGGUCACCAAAUCAUGCCACAUCUGCGAUGCCGGGGACCCGCGACAGCAUCACAGCGCUGUGUAUCUCACCGACUACAACAACCAAGCGGAUACCACCUGGUGGCAAAGCCAGACAAUGUUAGCGGGCAUCCAGUACCCUCACGCCAUCAAUCUGACCCUGCAUCUCGGCAAGUCCUUUGAUAUCACAUACGUGCGUCUGAAGUUCCACACCAGCCGUCCUGAGAGUUUCGCCAUCUAUAAGCGCACGCAUGAAGACGGGCCAUGGAUACCCUACCAGUACUACAGCGGCUCCUGCGAAAAGACCUACAGCAAAAUGAACCGCGGCUUCCUCCGCACGGGCGAAGACGAGCAGCAGGCCCUGUGCACAGAUGAGUUCAGUGACAUCUCACCCCUCACCGGAGGAAACGUGGCCUUCUCGACCCUCGAGGGACGACCCAGCGCAUAUAACUUCGAUAACAGCCCUGUACUACAGGAUUGGGUGACUGCCACAGACAUCCGGGUGACCCUGAACAGAUUAAACACGUUCGGAGAUGAAGUCUUCAACGACCCCAAAGUUCUCAAGUCGUACUACUACGCUAUAUCAGAUUUUGCUGUGGGAGGAAGGUGCAAGUGUAACGGUCAUGCCAGCGAGUGCGUGAAGAAUGAGUACAGCAAAGUGGUGUGUAACUGUAAACACAACACGGAGGGGCCAGACUGCGGCGUGUGCAAGCCCUUCUACAAUGACCGUCCCUGGAGGAGAGCCACGUCUGAUAACCCUUACGAGUGCAUGCCCUGUAACUGUAACGGCAAGAGUAAUGAAUGUUACUUUGACACUGAGCUGUAUCGUGCCACGGGUCACGGAGGUCAUUGCCGCAACUGCGCAGACAACACGGAUGGGCCCAACUGCGAGCGAUGCUUGGACAACUACUACAGAGAUGGAUCCGGUCGCCGCUGUCUGUCCUGCGGUUGUAACCCUGUCGGUUCUCUCAGUACCCAGUGUGAUAACACUGGCCGGUGUAGCUGUAAGCCUGGAGUGAUGGGAGAUAAGUGUGACAGAUGCCAGCCAGGGUACCACACGCUGACUGAAGCAGGCUGCAGACCGUGCUCGUGUAAUCCAGCCGGAAGCACGCAGGAGUGCGAUGUAAACACAGGACGCUGCCAAUGCAAGGAGAACGUGGACGGCUUCAGCUGUGACCGGUGUAAACUGGGCUUCUUUAAUCUGGACCCCCAAAAUCCUCUGGGAUGCACCCCAUGCUUUUGUUUCCAGCACUCCACUGUGUGCGAGAGCGCCGAUAGCUACAGCAUUCACAAAAUCACCUCCAGCUUUGAUAGAGAUGACGAGGGUUGGAAAGGACAGCGGAGAGACGGAUCCAGCGUACCUGUGCAGUGGUCACCGAGCUCUCGCGAGAUCUCACUUAUCUCCGAAGAUUACUUCCCUAUUUACUUUGUGGCUCCAGAGAAAUUUCUUGGCGAUCAGUUGCUGAGCUAUGGUCAGAACCUCACGCUAAACUUUAGGAUUCAGCGACACGACGCGCGUCUGUCAGCCGAGGAUGUCGUACUGGAAGGGGCGGGCUUUCGUGUUGCCGUACCCCUUAUUGCCCAGGGCAAUUCCUACCCAGGAGAAGAAAUGCAAUCAUUUGUCUUUAGACUCCACGACACCACUGACUACCCCUGGAGACCCACGUUGAAACAUGCAGACUUCCAGAAACUUUUGCACAAUCUGACCUCCAUCAUGAUUCGUGGAACCUACAGCGAGAGAAGUGCUGGCUAUUUGGACAACGUGGCCCUCACGACAGCUCGUCAUGGACCCGGCACCCCAGCUCGUUGGGUUGAGAAGUGCACGUGUCCUCCCGGUUAUCUGGGACAACACUGUGAGCAGUGCGAGGUGGGAUACAGGAGGAGCCGUCCCGAGCUGGGCCGCUUCAGCAGCUGUGAGCCCUGCAACUGUAACGGACACAGCGACACAUGCGACUCUGUGACAGGAAUGUGUAACUGCAGGCACAACACGGCAGGAAUGAGCUGUGAGAAGUGCAAGAAUGGUUUCUAUGGCGACUCAACAGUGGGGUCCUCCACAGACUGUCAGCCGUGUCCCUGUCCCGCAGGUGCCACAUGUGCUGUGGUGCCGAAAUCCCAAGAGGUGGUCUGUACUAACUGCCCAACAGGGACUACAGGUAAGCGAUGUGAACUUUGUGACGAUGGGUUCUUUGGGGACCCACUGGGUGAGAAUGGUCCAAUCAGGACGUGUAGGGCGUGCAGCUGCAAUAACAACAUCGACCCCAACGCUGUGGGUAACUGUAACCGAGAGACAGGCGAAUGCCUCAAGUGCAUCUACAACACGGCCGGCGUAUUCUGCGACCGGUGCAAAGAGGGUUUCUAUGGGAACCCACGUGCCGCAAAUGUAGAGGACAAGUGCAAACCAUGUGCUUGCUCUCCGUACGGUACGGUGGACAGGCAGACGUCCUGCUCGCAGUCCACAGGUCAAUGUCAGUGUCUUCCCUUCGUCAUCAACAGAGACUGCAGCGCGUGUGAACCCGGCUUCUUCAACAUACAGAGCGGCGAAGGCUGUGAACGAUGCCACUGCAACGCUAUCGGUUCAACGAACGGCCAGUGUGACAUCGCUACCGGUCAAUGCGAGUGUCAGCCCGGGGUGACGGGUCAACACUGUGAGCGCUGCGAGAUCAACUUCUUCGGCUUUAGCGCAUCAGGAUGCAAACCUUGUGACUGUGACCCAGAAGGUUCUCAGUCCGCUCAGUGUGAAGAGGACGGCCGUUGUCGGUGUCGUGCAGGUUUCGUGGGAGCUCGCUGUGACAUGUGCGAGGAGAAUUACUUCUACAACCGUUCGACGCCUGGCUGCCAGCAGUGCCCUAAUUGUUACAGUCUGGUCAGAGAUAAGGUGAACCAGCAGAGACAAAAGCUUCUUGACCUGCAGAAUUUAAUUGAUAAUCUGGACAACAGUAAGGAGACUGUGAGUGACAAGGCCUUUGAGGACCGACUGAAAGAGGCGGAGAAAACUAUAAUGGACUUGUUGGAAGAGGCUCAGGCUAGCAAAGAAGUGGACAAAGGCCUUUUGGAUCGUCUGAACAACAUCAACAAGACUUUGAACGCUCAGUGGAACAGACUGCAGAACAUCAGGAGCACUGUGGACAACACAGGCGCUCAGGCAGACAAAGCACGUAACCGAGUCCGUGAAGCAGAAGACCUGAUCAGUGUUGCCAGAGAGGAGCUGGACAAAGCCAAGGAGGCCAUCAGCAAAGUGGACAUCAAAAUACCCACAACAUCCGGAGAUCCAAACAACAUGACUCUUCUGGCCGAGGAAGCCCGUAAACUGGCCGAGAAACAUAAAGCAGACGCAGAUCAAAUUGAGAAGAUUGCGAAAGACGCCAAUGACACGUCCACCAAAGCAUAUAACCUGCUGAAGAAGGCAUUGGACGGCGAGAACAAGACGAGCAGUGACAUCGAGGAGCUUAACAAGAAGUACAAUGAGGCAAAGGAUCUGGCCAAGAACCUAGAAAAACAGGCCGCCAAAGUCCACGCUGAAGCAGAAGAGGCUGGAAACAAAGCUCUGAAGAUCUACGCUAACCUCACCAGCCUGCCUUCAAUCAACACAAAAUCAUUAGAGGACGAAGCCAAUAAGAUUAAGAAGGAGGCGUCAGACCUGGACAAACUGAUCGAUAAGACCGAGAAAGAGUAUGACGAACUGAGGGACGAUUUGAGAGGGAAGGAGGCAGAGGUCCGUAAACUACUGGAGAAAGGAAAGACCGAGCAACAGACGGCUGAUCAGUUAUUGGCGCGUGCAGACGCAGCUAAAGCUUUGGCUGAAGAGGCGGCAAAAAAAGGCAUAUCUACUUUCCAAGAGGCCCAGGACAUACUGAACAACCUCAGAGACUUCGACCAGAGAGUGAAUGACAACAAGACUGCUGCCGAAGAUGCCAUGAGACGCAUCCCGGAAAUCAACGCGACGAUCAACGAAGCCAACGAGAAGACCCGACGGGCCGAGGCGGCUUUGGGCAACGCGGCAAAUGAUGCUAAAGAGGCCAAGGACAAGGCAGAAGAAGCCGAAAAUAUUGCUAAUGAAGUCCAGAAGGGGUCAGCAAAGACCAAGACAGAUGCGGAAAAAGCUUUCGAGGACACCAUGAAACUGGAUGGCGAGGUGAACGACAUGAUGGAUCAGCUUGCAGCUGCCGAGAAAGAGCUUGAGAAGAAGAAAGCGGAGGCAGAUGCCGACAUGAUGAUGGCAAGCAUGGCGUCUGAUAAUGCGAAAGAAGCAGAAGGCAAUGCCCGAAAAGCCAAAAAUGCCGUUAGGUCGGUCCUGCAGAUGAUCAAUGAUUUAUUAGGCCAGCUAGGCAACAUCGAUAAGGUGGAUCUGAGCAAGCUGAAUCAGAUCGAUAACGCUCUGAAAGAAGCCAAGGACAAAAUGGCGGGAAGUGAGCUGGACAGGAAGUUGAAAGAACUGAAUGACAUCGCCAAGGGCCAGGAAGACAUGAUCAACGACUACGAUCGCCAGAUCAAAGAGAUUCGAGCGGACAUCGCCAACCUCAACGACAUCAAAAAUACUCUGCCGGACGGCUGCUUCAACACUCCCUCUCUAGAGAAGCCUUAACUUCCACACACACACGCCAACUUCUGCCUCACACGCCCUCCGAUCGCGGACCUCCGCGGCGUCUGACGCGCGGCCAAGACGCCACCCUCAACCAAAUCAAGCUUUCGAAUCUUUUUCUUUCUUUUUUUAAAGUAACGCCACAUUUUUUAAUCUGAUGUUUUACAAACCGAAGACAAAGCAGCUUUUUUGAUAUGCAGAAAUGCUACAACGUGAAGAGAGCUAACGGCGCUCACCAACUGUGUGUAUUUGUGUUUGUGGCCGUGUGUAUGUGUGUACCUCUUCUGUUAAACACCAACCCAUAUGACUGCACCAGAUUCAACUUUUCUUCUCAAACCUCUCGGGUCUUUACAGCAGACUCGCGGGGGGGGGGCUUGUCGAAUAUGAAUUAUACACAUAAGCCAACACUUGAGGACAUGUUUCCUUUUUUUUUUUUCGAGGGGGGAGUCUACUACUUAAGCUAGUGUAUAUCAUCCUUACGCUCCGGUUGCCUAUUGCUAUUCGUUCAUAGCUAACAUUGAAGGAAUUUUAAAUAUCACUCAUAAUUUUCUGAAAGCUCCGGGUGGGAGCGACCACGCAUCAUACACGUUAAAGCAGUAUUCAGUUAUUUCGUGGGUUCAGAUCAUUUCAGUUUUGCAUCCUGGUCGCGACGCAUUUCGUGUUUGUAUUUGUUUUUAUAUUUCAAAAGCUGCUGCUUACGACAGGUGUACCGCCAAUCACAUUAACACGUUCAAGCGAAAUUCAACACUAUGCAACUUUGUACAUUGGCGUAGCGAGACUUUAUCUGAUACACUGGUGCUAAUAAUUAUUUCAAAUGUUAUAUUUUUGUGUGAAUGUUGUUUUCUUUUUUUAUUAUUAUAAUAUAGAGUUGAGGAUUUGUUAUUUGUGUAAAUAUGCUUAAAUGAUUCAGGAACGGCUGAUUUCAAACCAACCAGCCACCUCAUGGGUUUGUUCGCAAGAAGAUAAAUCCAGCCCAUACUUCCACAUAAUAUAUAUAAAUUUAUAUAUAUAUAAUAUGUUCUGUGGUAUAAUACGCUUGCCUGUAUACAUGGCUCAGUGUUGCGUCAUAGCGCUAUCAUUUAUUUUAAUAAUGUGCGGAUUUGAGACUUUAACUUGCACACCCAAAAACAUUUACCGUAUGUCUUUAAUCGAUUAUAUUUAUCUGGUAAACCUAAUCAUGUGUCGCUAGUUAACUGUCUUUGUUAGUGUCUUGCGCCUAAACCUUUGGAGAUAGUCGUCAUGAUACCGUCUAUAUGUGUUUUUUGCUUUAUCAUGAACAUCAUCUUAAGACUCACAAUGCUCUGAUGUCCUUCAAUACAUUUCACCGUUUAUGUCCUGCGUUCUUCUUUAUUCACAGUUUUAUUCGGACAGUUUCGCCACCUAAAACUUUUGGUAGACCCUCUUCCCUUAUCUCUACCACUGUGGACAUAAGUGCAACACGUACACAUGUAUAAAACAGUAUUUUUUAAUUUAUAAUGUAUCAAGUAUUUGUGAUCUGUUGUUCUUGAGUUGAUGCACAGUCUUUAUCUGGUCCUUUGGUUUUUUUUAAAGAGUGUAAUGGUUUUAAAGCCCGCCCCAUCUGUUUUAUCAAGGUAUUUUCGAACACACCCAAAGGACCUGACACACCUCUGCUUGUUACCGUUUGCCUGUAAAUCCAAUCGUAACAUUUGAAUAAUAAACAGUGGUUAUUACAGGA